AUGGGGGCGGCGCUGGUGCGGCGCGGGGGCUGCCUGCUGCUCUGGCUGGCCCUACUGCUGGGCUGCUGGGCUGAGCUGGGCAGCGGGCUGGAGUUUCCAGGGGCCGAGGGGCAGUGGACCAGGUUCCCCAAGUGGAAUGCCUGCUGCGAGAGCGAGAUGAGCUUCAACAUGAAGACGCGCAGCUCCAGUGGGCUGGUGCUCUACUUUGACGAUGAGGGCUUCUGUGACUUCCUGGAGCUCAUCCUCACCCAAGGUGGGCGGCUACAGCUCAGUUUCUCCAUCUUCUGUGCUGAGCCUGCCACCUUGCUCUCUGAUAUGGCAGUCAACGACAACCUUUGGCAUGCCGUGGUCAUCCGCCGCCACUUCAAGAACACCACUCUGAUCAUUGACCGGGCUGAGGCGAAGUGGGUGGAGGUGAAGUCCAAGCGGCGGGACAUGACUGUGUUCAGUGGCCUCUUCUUGGGGGGACUCCCGCCGGAGCUGCGGUCGGCAACUCUAAAGCUGACACUCUCCUCUGUCAAGGACCGGGAGCCCUUCAAGGGCUGGAUAACAGAUGUUCGGGUCAACUACACACAGACGUCGCCGGUGGAGAGCCAGGAGGUGCGGCUGGAUGAUGAGCAGAGCCGCCUGUGUGCUCGGGAGGAUGUUUGCCUCAACGGAGGUGUCUGCUCGGUGCUCAACGACCAGGCUGUCUGCGACUGCUCCCAAACGGGCUUUCGGGGGAAGGACUGCAGUGAAGGUCUGGCGCACCUGAUGAUGGGCGACCAAGGUAUGGGCUCUGUUCCUUUUCCACUCUGCUUUCAUUGUUUCUUCUUGUUCUGUAGCUGCUUUAAAUCCAUCACUGCAAACGAUGGGCAAAUGCUUGAAAGCUGUCUUUGGCUGCAAAUAAACACAUGGUUUUAG